AGAGAGAGAGAGAAGCAACAAUGGCAGCAGGGGUAGGGCUAUCAUGGCCUUUGAAAAUCGCUCGAAUACCCAGUUCCAUCCCUCCCUCAUCACCUUCUCGAUCCCCUGCCCGCAGUGUAGUCAGAAUGGCGGUCUCUCUCGACGAGAAACAGAAGACUUUCUCUCUCAAGAAGUCUGAAGAAGCUUUCAACGCCGCCAAGGAGUUGAUGCCUGGUGGUGUAAAUUCUCCGGUACGUGCUUUCAAAUCAGUCGGUGGACAGCCAAUUGUAAUGGAUUCUGUCAAGGGCUCUCACAUGUGGGAUAUAGAUGGCAAUGAGUACAUUGAUUACGUUGGUUCAUGGGGACCAGCUAUAAUUGGUCACGCAGAUGAUGAGGUACUUGCAGCCUUAGCUGAAACAAUGAAGAAGGGAACAAGCUUUGGUGCUCCGUGUCUUUUGGAAAAUGUUCUUGCAGAAAUGGUCAUCUCAGCUGUUCCAAGUAUAGAAAUGGUCCGUAUGGUCAACUCGGGCACGGAAGCAUGCAUGGGUGUUAUUCGCUUGGCCCGCGCCUUCACCAGGCGGGAAAAGAUCAUCAAGUUCGAGGGUUGCUACCACGGCCAUGCAGACCCCUUUCUUGUCAAGGCGGGAAGUGGGGUCGCCACCCUAGGGCUCCCUGAUUCCCCCGGAGUGCCCAAAGGAGCCACAUAUGAAACUCUAACAUCCCCCUUUAACGACAUCUCCACUGUCAAAAACCUCUUCGACUCGAACAAAGGAGAGAUUGCCGCAGUUAUACUCGAACCCGUGGUUGGGAACUCGGGCUUCAUUGCUCCCAAACCUGGUUUCCUUUCUGACCUCCGCGAAGUUACUAAACAAAAUGAUACUCUUUUGGUGUUCGACGAGGUUAUGACUGGGUUCCGCUUGUCUUACGGUGGGGCCCAGGAGUAUUUUGGUAUAACGCCUGACUUAACAACACUCGGGAAGAUCAUCGGUGGCGGCCUUCCAGUGGGUGCCUACGGAGGGAGGAGAGAGAUUAUGGAGAUGGUGGCUCCGGCAGGUCCAAUGUACCAAGCCGGGACCCUCAGUGGAAACCCAUUGGCUAUGACCGCUGGAAUCCACACUCUAAAACGAUUGAAAGAGCCAGGACGUUACGAGUACCUAACCAAAGUCACAAGCGAGCUUGUUGUGGGCAUCGUUGAUGCUGGAAAGAAGGCCGGGCACGCGAUUUGUGGUGGGUGUGUAGGCGGGAUGUUCGGGUUUUUCUUCACUGAGGGGCCUGUUUACGAAUUCGCUGAUGCAAAGAAGAGUGACACCGCAAAAUUCGCUAAGUUUUACCGGGGGAUGCUUGAGGAAGGGGUUUACUUUGCGCCUUCACAGUUUGAGGCCGGUUUCACUAGCUUAGCGCAUACCCCAGAGGAUAUCCAACGGACAAUAGAAGCAGCCGAGAAGGUUUUCCGGCAACUUUAAAGCAAUGGUCUCCCUAUGAUGCCAUUUUUUUUUUUUGGCUCUCUCUCAAAGUCCACUUUUUGUAGUUGAUUGGCGCGAGUUUUCGAAUGUUUACUUUGAUUGAGAGAAAUGUAACCCAGCAUUGUACCGUGUUAAAUUGUUUAUUGUGUUAUCUAAUGUUCAAUAAGUUUGUUACCA